AUGAACACUGACGUGAAGACGUUGAUACCUGAUAUGUAUAAUGUUACCGUCAAGGUAAAAGUCUUGGAUCUAUUAGUUAGCUUGGAAACAAAACAUGAAAAGACUAAUUCUGACAUCAAGAUUCAUGAAUACCUGGUUGGAGAUAGUACAGCUUCUGUUAUUCUCAAUACAAUGCAAGAUCUCGAGAUUAUGAAGACUUAUGAAAUACAACAAGGCCAUACACGCGUCAUAGAAGGAUAUCUAAGGCUAUACUCCAAGAGAGUUGUGCCUGAUACAACUGAUAUUGAACAUGUCAACACUGAGCAUAAUAGAUCAUUUAUACAGUUCAAUCGAAAGUUAUAA